CCUUUGCUGUUGGCUCCUCCCAUUGAGCUGGUUGAUAUUUACCUCCUCAUCUGUUGUCUUCUUGGUCUCCACUCACCAGCUCCUAACAACGGCAGUCUUUACCGCCUAGUCAGCAUCCUUCGCUCCCAACCUAAUGAGGGUGAUCUAAAACAUUACCAGGACACAGGGCAGUUGCGUUUUGUCUUGGGGCCCGAAGGUUCGAAUUAUAUACUUUCCUCAUUGUUCAACAUGAUGGCUACGGAGACUUUUGUAACUGGUGAGCAAUCUAGAUUAACUUAG